AUGGAGGCUGCCGUCGGCGCCCCCGACGGCGGCGACCGGGGCGGCGCGGCGCCCCGCGAGGACGCGACGCCCAUGGACGCCUAUCUGCGGACCCUGGGCUUGUAUCGGAAACUGGUCGCCAAGGACGGGUCGUGCUUGUUCCGAGCCGUGGCGGAGCAGGUGCUGCACUCCCAGUCUCGCCACGGUGAAGUCAGGAUGGCCUGCAUUCAUUACCUUCGGGAGAACCGGGAGAGAUUCGAAGAGUUUAUAGAGGGGUCAUUUGAAGAAUAUUUAAAACGUUUGGAAAAUCCACAGGAAUGGGUUGGACAAGUGGAAAUAAGUGCCCUUUCUCUUCUGUACAGGAAAGAUUUUAUAAUUUACCAGAAACCAAAUGUUUCUCCUUCACAAGUAACUGAAAAUAAUUUUCCUGAAAAGGUAUUCCUGUGUUUUUCAAAUGGAAAUCACUAUGAUAUUGUCUAUCCCAUAAAGUAUAAAGAGAGCUCGGCUAUGUGUCAGUCUCUGCUUUAUGAAUUGCUGUACGAGAAGGUAUUUAAAACUGACGUCAGUAAGAUCUUGAUGGGCCUAGACAGCUCUGAAGUAGCGGACGAAGACAGCAGUGAAAUAUCAGAUUCAGAGGAUGACAGUUGCAAGAGUAAACCUACCACUAUUAAUGAUGUGAAUGGAUUUAAAACUUUGUCAAGUGAUCAGCGUCCGAAAAGCAGUGGAAACUCUCCUAGCCUCCCUUUGUCUAGAAAGGUUCUUAAGUCGCUCAGUCCAGCAGUCUAUAGAAAUGUGGAAUAUGAAAUUUGGCUGAAGUCUAAACAAGCUCAACAAAAACAUGAUUAUUCCAUUGCUGCUGGCUUACAGUAUGAAGUUGGAGAUAAAUGCCAGGUUAGGUUGGAUCACAAUGGAAAAUUUUCUAAUGCAGACUUUCAAGGGGUUCACUCUGAGAAUGGGCCAGUUUUGGUCGCAGAACUUGGAAAGAAAUACCCACCGAAGAGCCUCAGGCCGCCUCCCUCAGAAAGCUGGAACACACUGUCAGGGAAGAAGAUGAAGAAGCCCCCUUCGGGACAGAGCUUCCAUUCUGAUGUGGAUUACAGAGGCCCGAAGAACUCCAGCAAGCCAGUGAAAGCCCCGUCAGCCCUACCUCCUCGCCUGCAGCACCCUUCAGGAGCGAGGCAGCACGCGUCCUCCAGCCACUCCGCUGCGCCGCAGGCCCAGAAAACCUCCAGCGAGCACAAAAGUCUCAGCAGAACACCCUCACAGAUCGUAAGAAAACCUGAUCGUGAGAGAGCUGAGGAUUUUGAUGCCACGACCCGAGAACCUAACUAUUUCGGCCUCUCUCCAGAAGAGCGCAGAGAGAAGCAAGCCAUAGAAGAGUCUCGCUUACUCUAUGAGAUUCAGAACAGAGAUGAACAGGCUUUCCCAGCCCUUUCUAGUUCAUCAGUCAGCCAGUCAGCUUCUCAGAGUAGCAACCCAGGCGUCCAGAGAAAAUCAUCCCAUGGAAGCGAUCGAAAAGGAAGCAGGCGGAGAAUGGACACUGAAGAACGGAAAGAUAAAGACUCUGUCCAUGGACAUAUUUCCUUGGAUAAAAAACCUGAGCCAGGCACACUGGAGAAUAUUAGCAAUGAUAAGUGUGCAAGAAUUUCAUCACCAUCAAAAUCAAAGAAAUUAGAGUGCCCACCUCCUACAGAGCAAAAGCCAGCAGAACAUGUGUCUCUGUCAAAUCCAGCUCCCCUUCUAGUUUCUCCAGAGGUGCAUCUAACUCCUGCGGUGCCUUCCUUACCAGCCACUGUGCCCGCCUGGCCGAGCGAACCUACAACGUUUGGACCAACAGGUGUCCCUGCCCAAAUUCCUGUCUUGUCAGUGACACAGACUCUGACUACCGGACCUGAUUGUGCUGUGUCCCAAGCUCAUUUGACACCCUCUCCAGUUCCUGUGUCAAUACAGGCCGUGAACCAGCCCUUGAUGCCUUUGCCUCAGACAUUGAGCCUUUACCAGGACCCACUGUAUCCUGGGUUUCCUUGUAACGAGAAGGGAGAUCGAGCCAUCGCACCACCUUACUCACUGUGUCACACAGGGGAGGACCUGCCUAAAGAUAAGAACAUUCUUCGAUUCUUCUUCAAUCUUGGUGUAAAGGCAUAUAGUUGUCCUAUGUGGGCCCCACACUCUUACCUGUACCCUCUGCACCAGGCCUACCUGGCAGCCUGCAGGAUGUACCCAAAGGUCCCUGUCCCUAUGUAUCCUCAAAACCCGUGGUUCCAAGAAGCUCCUUCUGCUCAGAACGAGAGUGACUGUACGUGUCCAGAUGCUCACUUCCCCAUGGAGCCCGAGGGCAGCGUGAACGGCCAGAUGCCACAGGCAGAGAUGGGCCCGCCCGCGUUUCCUUCACCCCUGGUCAUCCCUCCGUCUCAGGUGUCUGACAGUCACGGACAGCUGUCCUACCAGGCGGACCUAGAGGCAGAGAAUGCGGGGCAGCUCCUUCACACCGAGUAUGAGGAGUCGCUAAGUGGCAAGAACAUGUUCCCGCAGCCGUCCUUUGGCCCGAACCCGUUCUUAGGCCCGGUCCCCAUCGCACCACCUUUCUUUCCUCACGUUUGGUAUGGGUACCCUUUUCAGGGAUUCAUCGAGAAUCCAGUCAUGAGGCAGAAUAUCGUUCUGCCCUCUGAUGAGAAAGGAGAAUUGGAUCUGCCCCUGGAAAACCUGGAUCUCUCUAAAGAGUGCGCUUCUGUGUCAGCAGCAGAGGAGUUUCCCGAGGCCGGGGGCGAGGACCCCCAUGCUCCCCCUGAAGCCAGCGCGAGCAAGUCGGAUGGCCGGGCUGAGCGCUCCUCGCAGACGCCGAAGGUGGAGCCGGCCCCGGCUCCCGGCCCUCCUGCAGCCGAGGGCGAGGCGCAUGUUCCUGCUCCGCUUCUAAACAGAGAGAGGGAAGCUGGGCCCGCUGAGCCCAAAAGGACCAUUCCAAGCCUGAAAGAGAAACCAGAAAAAGGGAAAGAGCCCAAGACUGCUGCUGAUGUGGUCAGCGGGGCCAACUCUGUGCAGAGACCAAAAGAAGAGAGCUCAGAGGAUGAAAACGAGGUGUCUCACAUUCUGAGGAGCGGUCGGUCCAAGCAGUUCUAUAACCAGACUUUCGGGGGCAGGAAGUAUAAGAGCGACUGGGGCUACUCGGGCCGCGGCGGGUACCCGCACGUGCGAGGCGAGGAGUCCUGGAAGGGGCAGCCGACCAGGAGCCGCGACGAGGGUUACCAGUACCACCGGAACGCCCGCGGCCGGCCCUACCGGGGGGACAGGAGGAGGUCGGGGAUGGGGGACGGCCAUCGGGGGCAGCACACCUGACGCCGUUGCCGCUUAGAGCGGAAGCCCUUGCUUAGGUGGGAUGUCUCUGAAGGCUUUAAACAAAACAACAAAAACCAAUAAAAACCCAAAUUGGAGCUCUCUCCACCCCUCCCCUUUACCUUCAUGCUCAUUCUGGACAGGAGAUUUUGGAUAUGUGUUCACGGGGGCAGGUGAAUUCCUGGUGUUGCCAUUUUUCUGCGUACAAAACCUGUCUAUUUAUCGGGUGACUGCCCCUAUAAAAAGUAGGAAAUAAGUUUGUUAAAGUAUUUUUUAUAAACAGCUUAAUAUGAACCAUUAUAGAUUUAGUGUUUGAUUUCUGUUUUUCCUUAUAUAAGUUUAAUUUCAGAUGUUGGAAAUGUGUGCUUUGUAGUGUUUACUAAAGUGACAAAUACACCAUUCGACACACUAUAGAUUCCAAAACAUAACAUCGCACCAAAUAGAAACGUAUAUUUUAUUAUGCAAUGCCUUAGUCAUAAACUGGGCUCAAACAGGUCUUAGCCUAAAACACUGUUGUCUUUUGAAACGCUUCCAACCCAAAGGCCUUUCAUCUCAAUAUCUGUCAAACUUGAAUGAUGUCUUCUCUUUAAUAUUACACAUAAGGCAGCCUAUUAACCUGUGUCUUAGAAAUGUUGUAUAUAGUUCUUUUAAUAUUCAUAGGGUAUAUUUUUGAAUUUUGCUGAGUAUUUGUUGAACUUGAGAUUGCAUACAAGAAUAGAUGUUUAAGAAAUCAUAGGAAAUCUAAUGAAAUGGCUGUUCCCACCAAGAAUUCUUAGCACUGGUGUAAAUAUCAUGGUGCCUACUCGAAAGAAAUGUCGAUGCUAUGCAUUUUGAAAAUAAUCUGCAUCUGUUAAAACUGCAGAAGUUUUUUAAUGCCACUUUAACACUAAUGCACUGACAGAUUUAAGUAUUUUGUGAGAAGAAAUGUUAAAAAAUUUUUAGCCUGACAGGUUUCUAUAGAGUUACUGUGUUUGGUUUUUCUCUUUUGCACCAUCCGUUUAUGUGUACCACUUGAUACUUGCAUGUUCAGUUUGUCUCAGCUGGAACUGUUGUGCAAAAAAGGAUGAUUGUGACUGUGAGUUCCUUUUCUAGAGGGUGCUGCUAGACUAUGGAUUUGCUUUGCAUCAUGUCGCUUGAUGCCCCUUUGGUAACGUGUCUCUGAUCCUGCUUCCUUCCAGUCUCUGCAGUAUUCAUUUAGAACUUCCCUCUGCACGUUGCACUCUGUUCCCAAUUUGAGGAGUUUCGAUUCUCUGAAUUAACACAGCAUUCAUUCAUCUAUGUUACUGUGUAAAAAAAUUGCUGUAGCUUGUAUUUCUUAUUUGUACAUAUCAAUGUGAAAUUCUAACCUUUUUUAUGUUCUCCUUUGAUCAGGAAGUUUGAGUGCUAUGCAAAUAAUGUAGUAAUUUCUCUUUGCAUGCCAUGUGUAGUACACCUAGCCAAAAGUAGUUUUUUUUUUUUUUUUUUAAGCAAAUUCCUUUAAAAGCAAAUACAAUUCACUUGAAUUUGACAAACUGAAGCAGAUGAGUUUUCUGGGUUCUCUGCUAACCUACGGGAAUGUUUGGAUGCCAGCUCGGCUCAGUGAAUCUCCGCUGUACUGUAAUGGUUAUUUACCUCUUUGUUUUAAUUACCUGAUGUCUGUGUAACUGCUGAUUUGAGUAGAGAUUAGUGUGUAGAUGUUUUGUAACAUAGGAUUUUAGAGAGCACUUUGGAAGAUAACAUUUUAUUAUGAUGGUGCUAGGUAGAAAUUUGUAGACUGGGAUUGUUGUGUGGAAAAGAAAAAGAUUCUUGAGAGAACCUGUUGAAAGGAAUUUCUGUUGUCACCUAAGCCAGAUAACUGGGGAAGGUACUGCUUAAGAAUUUUUUUCGUAGUCACCAUCAGUAGUUGUUAUGGAAUGAGAAGAUGAGAGGGUCCUCCACUUUCAGCUCAUGCUUUUAUAUGUGAGAUUAGCUUACCUGAUCAUUUUAAUGAAAAUUAUAUUAGCUAUAGUGACAACAUUUAAAAGUUCAGCAGUGUAUGUUUGAUCUCAGGAGUCCAAAAAAAAAAAAAAUUCAUUCUUUUCCUGUGUCCUUGGUUUUCUUGACUGGGAUUUGAUCUCCGUUUCUUCUGGAAGUGUUUUAAAAUUGGAUAGGAGAGAAUACUGUUUUGUUUCUUCGCUGUUACUCUGUCUUACCUCAGUUGAGUAACAGAACGCUCUAUAGUUCCUGAAGGAAAUGCCGAGUUGCUUCCUGUUUUCCCAUACUUCCCUCCAGGACGUGGUGGAGACUGCUGAAGGAGAACUCGGAGCAGUUGGUACUUGAGUCAGUGACCUCUGGAAUAAGAAGAAAGAACUCUGACUUCUGAUUAUUAGGCUUUAAAAUUAUCAGUCUUUGCAGGAAGGUCUGUUUUGUUUUCCCUUUAGGUUUGUUUUCAGCGUAUCAGUCCAGGGGUUUGCCUUAUGCUGAGGUCAAACUAGGGCCAAGCAAGCUUUGUCCUCCUCCAUUUUAACUGAGUUAUAUGGUAUGUUGACAUGAGAUAAAAAUGUUUCAGAGAAAAGCAAAAGCUUAGAAGUGAGAAUCAUUUGUACUUUGAGUUGGAAAUUAUGACUUACUCUCUUAAUGAUCAUACACAUUUUGAAGAACAAACGUUUAGCAUGACCAAAGCUCACUUCUUCUCAUUUUUGUUGGCUUUUGCUAAACUUGAUUCCAGCCCCUUUCCUUUUAGUAUUGUGUCUAUUUCUUCUCUUCAUUUCCUCUCAGAUAGAUCUUCAGUUCUUGUUCCACAUACCCCUUGGCGGCAGGAUGCUAGCAUCUGGGUAGUCCUCAUCCUGUUGUUCCCUGUUAUCUUGUGUGUGCGUUUUCACGGCUGACCUAAGCUCAGACCCUGCUGGGGCCUGGCUGGUGUAGGUUUUCCCUACUGAUAUGUCAUCAUAUUUGAUGCCAACUCUAUAUUCUUGCAGUGUGUUUCCUUUGUGACUCAAGGUUGAAUAAUGCCUGUGAACUGCAAACUUGCUUAUGAUUGACUUGGUGCAAUAUAGUUCCUUUCUAACCAUUUCUGGUUUAGAAAACAUUUAGCCAUCCUAGAACUAGCAAUAUUUAUUUAUGCCUCAUUUAUUUUACCUUAGUCUUUCACUUAUGGGUACUAAGCAAGGUCCAUUUUAGUGUAGCUGAAAAGAAUGCAUAUUUGGCUACACUAUUUCUGUUUACUGUAUUUUGCUUCCUAUUUAACGUCUAAAUGCUAUUGUGUUGUUUCAAAUCUUAAUAAUGGCUCAGUCCCAGUAUGUCAGUUUCAAAGAACUAAGGUUUUGCUGUUAGUGUAAGCCAGUUACUCUCUCACUAACUGGGAAUUCCCACUAAUUUAGGUUUUUUUCUCCCCUGAAAUACAAAGUUUAGAAAAUCCUACAAGAGGGGUGGGUGCAUGUCUUAAUGCUGGGAAACAGCAACUUUGGGGUUGAAUUUACUUGAAUGGAUAAAAAAUUGCAUUGUUACAGAGCUAGAAAAAAAUUUUAUGUAUGAAAAAUGAUAAUAGCCUUACACUGAGUACAGAUAAUACUUAAAGCAUGUGAAGAUGUGAUUAUUUGUGAUGUUACUUGUAAAAAAAAGUAUAUAUACAUCUUUUGAAGUGUUGAAAGGAAAAUAGUACUUUAUAUUCUUUAUCAUAUCACUUUUUGUAAGUGUUGAAUAUAUUCCUGUUUAUUUUUCUAUGUUCUGUUUUGUAGCCUUAAGAAGUGUUUCAAACAUAUCUGAAUGUAUAAAAUAAGAGUAAAUGCCCUACAUGGUGUGAUGCUGCAUUAUAUAUAAAACCGUGUGCAUAUAUUAAAUUUUGUCUCUCGA